AUGGCUGUCCUGAUCACGCAAUACUUCAAUAACGAGACUCACUCCGAUGUGACUAUAUUUAUCUACGAUUUCAAACUGCCGGCGCACAGUGUCAUCCUCUGCUUGCAGAGCAUUUAUUUUGACAAGAUACUCAACAGUGGGAUGAAGAAAAGCCAGACGAAGGAGAAUGAGGCUCCUGCUCCCAUUGCAGGCGAAGAUGACCCUGGUUUGAAGAAGCACUUGCGAGUCUAUAUCUUUGCAGACAUGCUCCUUAAUGAUGACCUGGAGGAAUUCGCCUUCCAGCGAUUCUCCGAGGAGUUGCCUAAGAGCUAGAACACUGAUGAGUUUAUUGACUGCGUCCACGAAGUCUGCAAAACUACCUACGCCGAGGACAACAGAUUUGGGAAGUCUGUGUUGGACAUGGCUCGGAUUCAUCUUUAUGAGUUGUGGGAAAAUG